UAUUUUUCUAGUCGCUUUCGCUGCCAGCUUAGAUAAUUUCCUUUUUUCCGCGAAGAUUCCUGUGGGAAAUUUUCCAUUUUUAUCUUGUUUGUGGGACGUAAAUAGAGUUUGGGAUCAUUUUUAAUCUUCUCAUUACGUCAUACACGCGCCUGGAGUAAAUAUCAUUGUGUUGCGUAGAAAGGUUACACGAGGUUUUCUUCCGUGAAAUUUGUACUAUUUUCAGCUGGUUUGGUCGUGUCUCACUGAGCAGCUUAAGUCAUACCUCUACCUCCUUUACAUAAAUCACAUGGCUGAGUCAAAUAAUGCCCAGAGCGGCGACGAAAACGGCAUCAAAAUCGCUCAGCCCAGCGAUAUAGUCUUGAACUUAAACGAGUCGAAAACGAAAGACGGUCAGAUUGUUAACGGUUCCGUGCAUUACACAGGGGAGGAAACAGCAGCUAAAGGAGAAGGAGGUGGCAGUUCUGACAAGGAAGUCCAGCAAAACGGGAACGAAAUCGAGGGACACAUGAACGGUCAUCAAAAUGGCGACGCUAAGAGCCCGAUUGGGGAUGAGGAAAUUGUGAAACUCGCUCCUACCGAGUCGACGUGGACGGUACAAGCAGAAGGUGCUGUAAAGCUGUUAUUGGGAUCGACUGGAAGCACAAGUCGUACCCCAGUUACCGUCGUUCAGAGUGUCCAACGAGCUGUGCGUCAUGCUCCGACGAGAACAGCCCUUGCAGUUAAGCGUAACGACGAAUGGGUGAAGUGGACCUACGCCGAGUAUUACGAAUCUAUACAAGCGGCCGCUAAGUCAUUCUUAAAGCUUGGCUUGGAACGUUUUCAUGGAGUAGGGAUCAUUGGAUUCAACUCUCCAGAGUGGCUCAUCUCAGAUUUGGGGGCCAUUUUUGCAGGAGGUCUGGCUGUAGGGAUUUAUGCCACAAAUUCUCCUGAAGCAUGCCAUUACGUUGCCGAGAAUUGUGAAGCUAAUGUCAUAGUUGUUGAGAACAAACAUCAACUGCAUAAAAUACUUCAGAUCUGGGACAAACUUCCCCAUCUGAAAGCUGUGGUUCAGUACAUUGGCGAGAUUGAAGGGGAAAAACCAUCUAAUGUGUACACAUGGAAGGAAUUCAUGGAAGCAGGGAAAGAUGUUCCGGAUGAAACCCUCCAAGAGAGAAUGAAUGAGCUGGUGCCGAACAAAUGCUGCACUCUUGUGUAUACUUCUGGAACCACUGGAAACCCCAAAGGUGUCAUGCUGUCACAUGAUAAUUUAACAUGGACAGCAGAGGCAGCUUCCAGGUUUGUGGGUGUUGGAGAGAAGGGCAUAGAACAAGUUAUCAGCUACCUUCCACUCAGUCACAUUGCUGCGCAGAUGUUGGAUAUUUUUAUGCCAAUUUAUGCUGUCGGUACUGUGUGGUUUGCACAGCCAGAUGCACUGAAGGGCACACUCUCACAGACCUUACGAGAAGUCAGGCCAACUUUGAUUUUUGGAGUCCCAAGAGUGUAUGAAAAGAUCAUGGAAAAAAUGAAAGAAAUUGGACAAACAGUGACUGGUUUGAAGAGGAAGGUGGCUAACUGGGCUAAGGGUGUGGCACUGCAAGGAAACAUGAACCUUGAAAAUGGUCGGCAUGUUCCUUUUGGUUGGACUGUAGCCAAUAGCCUGGUGCUGAAAAAGAUCCGCCUAGCCCUGGGACUAGACAGGUGCAGGUUAUGUGUAGUCGGUGCCGCUCCUGUUACCCUGGAAACCAUUCGUUACUUUCAGAGUAUUAACAUUCCUCUGUUCGAGCUGUUCGGCAUGAGCGAGAGUACUGGUCCCACAACCAUCUCCAUCCCAGGCCACGUCAAGGCUGGAAGCUGCGGUGUGGCUUUUGACGGAGUGGAGGUUAAAAUCAUCGAGCCAGACGAGGAAGGAAAUGGCGAGGUGUGCCUCAGGGGACGUCAUGUUUUCAUGGGGUACUUGAAGAACGAGGAGAAGACUCACGAAACUUUGGAUGAAGAAGGAUGGCUUCACUCCGGAGAUAUCGGAAAAAUUGACGAGGCCGGGCAACUGUAUAUUACUGGACGAAUCAAAGAGCUCAUUAUCACGGCUGGCGGUGAAAAUAUUCCCCCAGUCCCAAUCGAGGAUGCUAUCAAAGAGGAGGUUCCUCUAAUUAGCAACGUGAUGGUAAUUGGAGACAAGAGGAAGUUCCUAUCUUGCUUUCUGACGCUCAAGGUCGUUGUUGACGUAGAAACCGGCGAACCUUCCGACAAUCUCACUGAUGUUGCCCUCAAGUACUGCAAGUCUAUCGGCAGUGAUGCAAAAACUGUUUCCGAAAUUCUGUCGACCAAAGACGAGAAAGUAAUGAAAGCGAUUCAAGAGGGAAUUGAUCGAGCCAAUGCCAAGGCCACGUCGAGAGCUCAAAAGGUGCAGAAGUGGAGCAUCUUGGAAAAGGACUUUUCCCUUCCAGGCGGGGAGUUAGGUCCCACUCUCAAGCUGAGGCGGCCGAUUGUGUGCAAAAUGUUCAAAGAUGAGAUCGACGGUUUCUACGAAGAAGCUUAAAAUUAAACCCCUAAUGAAUCUAGUGUAGAUAAAUGGUAUAACAGAUUAUAGUGGCAACUGUGUAUGAUUUUGACGUUAUACAACGUCAAACCCUAUUUUAAUGGUAGUUUUGACCUUUGUUAGGCCUAUUUUUUGUCUAUUGAGGGACAACAAGGGAUCAGUUUCUUUAGUAAAAGAGAUCCAAUCAUAACGGCGUAGAGGGAAAAGUGGAAAUCUUCAAAGUGAGUACAGUUAACUCUAGGGAGAUGAAUGAUACAAAGAAACAUAAUUCACAGUAAGUUAGUGCUUACUAUGUAAUUUAGUCAGGUAGUAAGUUAUGAUCAACACGUCAAGUUUGCACUUAAAUGCAGCUCGAGUGUAAACGUGGAGGGUCCUCUCUCCCCUCUUGUCACCCCCCUGCAUUCCUUACCCCUCUUCUCACCCCCCCCCUGCAUUCCCUUGACGCCCCUAUCCCACCGUCAAACCAAGGGAGCUUGCAAAGCAGGCUAUGCUAAGGGUCUUUGAGAACUGUUUAUAAAUAUAACAUUGUCGCUGUUAAUUCCCUUAAUUUUUGUAUUUAUUGCGGCAACUGUACGGUGAUAAGCUAGUUUGGUACAUUCACAAGAAAUUGUGCAUUUUUGCAAAACUAAUCGUAAAAACUUUUGUGUUUAAUUUCAAUGUAACUGUAAGUCUCAAUGUGCCUCGAAACUGGCCUUCGUAAGCUGCAAGAAAGAAUUUCUUCCGUUGAGGUCAAACAGAACCCUCCUCCCGUAAAUACAACGAUGGCUGGAGCGGGUUUUCAGUUUUACAUUCUUCGCUGGGGGCAGUUUCUCUGUCUUUGCGUUUGAUGAGAUAAAUCUGAUUAAUUUAGUAGUUUAGGCGUAGAAAAAAUUGUCCCUCAUCCUCUAGCUCCCAGAUAGGAUUCAAUUGUAAUUUACUCUAACAAAAACUUCGUACAUUAUCAAGAAUAAAGUUAAUGAAGGUAGACUAAAUUAUCACCCAUAGAGUAUAGCUUGAUAGAACACCAAAUUCUCUUAAGAUAUCCACUAAAGAAUGUUUCACAGCCGGAAAGGAGAAUUACGAGUCAAAUCAUGGGAGCUAAAGGUAAAAACCUAGAGAUCUGUGUUAUCGAGAGAUCUGUAUUAUUAAUAGCGCGGAAACCAACUCAGUAGGUAUCCUGCAAUUAUUAGCUAUUCCUACUCCAUCUAGUUUUACCGAUCUAUUUUAGUUAUGUGCAGUAGUUGAGUAUUAGUGAUAUGGUGGUGUUUAUGUAAUCACACUUUGUAUUGAUUUAAGUAUAGUCGAAAUAAUGGGUCAUUAAUCAAUUUCAAAUAAAAUCGCCCGACAGAAUAAUAACAGUAA